UAGCUGUCAAAUACGAUAUACAUAAUUAUACAAAUUUUCCUGGAUUUGAGAUCUGUUUGUUUCGUAAAGUUGCGAAAAGUAUAGUGUCUCUGAAGCAUUCUCUGGAGUGAUGAAAAAAAAACCACUUAAUUUGAAGUGAAUAAAAUCAUUGAAUGAUUGGUGUAAUUAGUAAACAACGAAGUUUGCCAACGAUUUUGUGGCCGGUUUAGCACCUCACAAGAAACAUUUAAUUACUAAUUACUUUUGAAAAAAUUGCUUUGUUUACAUCUAAGAAGAUGCUGGAAAAAUGACAUAGGAAAAUAAGACCCAUGGAACUUAAUUGAUAAGUUGAACAACAAAUGACAAUGAUCUAGCUAAGAAGAGUGUUUUGUUUGGAAAAGUUUUAGGUUAAGUGAAAAUAAACUGUGAACAAUGUUGUGUUUGAAAAAAGUUUUUCAUGAUGAAAUGCUCCAACUUGCUCUUAUAUUGAGCUUGUUGAGAGUUGAUAUGAACUCACAUUUGAUACCUAAUUUGGUAGAUAAUAUUGAGAGUUUAGAUUUAGACAAUGGUACCAGUUGGAGAGCUUUUUCACCUGGCUUAUUAAGAUCUCAUUAUGUACAUCCGAAAAGUUUGGAUGCUAUCUUACUUAACUAUGAGAGAGAUUUGUUCGAUGACUUGAAUUCACUGGGAAGGUAUAAUCGGGACUAUGUGAGACACACUGAUGUGACAACCUAUUUACUCAAUAUUGAAAGAGGAAAUCUACCCUCAACCCCACAAGAACCUAUUGAAGGAAGUCAGAGUUCCCAAGCAGAACCUGGAAAUGUUACAGAUGCACUGUCAGCCAGUGAGAGUCUUGAUCCAGAUUCAAAUUCUAAUGACUCUAGUGCAGAGUUAACACCAGAGGAUAUGAAACUCAUAGAGAUCCUGUGGAAGCAGGAUGUGGAUCUCGGAUUCUCUAUGGAUGUGAAUGAGGAGGAAGAUCCGAAAGCAACGUCUGCCACUAGUACUAUCUCAAAAACUGAUGAAAAAGAUAGGGACGAAACAAUCCUCAAAGAAGAGAAAAAAGAAAAUGAUUCUGAAGAAGAGACCGAAAACAUUGAGGAAGAUCCAUGGGAAGGAUUGAAAUAUGUCGUUGACACGGAAACAGGGGAAUAUGUAGUCAAGGCUGAACAGGAAGAAGAGAAUUUAGUUGCAGAAUGUGUAUCACCACUUGCUCCUCUGCCUUUAGAGGAUCUGCCUCUGCCUCUUGAGGAAUUCCUUCUGGAUGAAGCUCUUGGGUUGGUCGAUUUAGACAUCGAACAGCUCAAAGAGGAACCGAAUCGCGAAUCUGCCGAUACAGAAGUGGGCUCGAGCAGUACAGUAGCCGAGUCUUCAAGUUCCUUGUCAGAAAUCCCUGAUGUUUUAUCCCAAGAUUCUCAGGAAAGUCUAGACGCCUUGACAGAUAUGAUUCAGACGCCUCAGUUUCACCAUCCCCAUCAUAGGGCAUUCCAGAGCCGAAUGCCCUUCAUGAGAACGAUGAGCAUGGAACAGAGAUGGCAGGACCUGGCCAACCUCCUAAGCUUUCCCGGGCCGACGGACGGUGGCGCUAUGCACCAUCCCUUCAACCACCACCAUCACCUGCACAAUUACAAUCACAGCCACCCCCACAGCAUGGGCUACGGGACGGAGGCGACUCGAGGGGUGCUUUUGCAUAACGCCACCCUCGCCCCACCUAUGGGCGACGUCAACACAACCGUGCCUUUCAAUAAUUUAGGUGGCACAAAUUUGGGAAAUGCUGUAGCUACUUCGAUGAACUUGACAAACAGCAGUGAACCUAUGGGUGAAUCUAGUUCCGGACAUCACUAUAAAUUGGAACCCAACCAUGAUGCUAUGUACUAUCAGAAUAAUGGUUCUUCGGAGUUCAACCAAACUGAUGGAUUUCUUUCCUCGAUAUUGAACGAUGAGGAUCUACAGCUGAUGGAUAUGGCAAUGAAUGAAGGUAUGUACACGAUGAGGAUGCUGGAGACUAACAAUACUCCAAGCAGUAACGUGAACCUUUGUUCCGGAGUGGCCAGUGGCUCCUCUCCGAUGAGUAGAUCAGAAAUGGAACGAGUUGACACCUCCAGUGAUAGUGCAGUUAGUUCCAUGGGCUCCGAGAGGGUUCCAUCUUUGUCCGAUGGAGAGUGGUGUGAUGCCGGUUCAGAUUCUGGCCACAACAUUGGUGAACAUUACGUGACUGAUUACCAAGCCAAAUACAGACCCUACGACUACAGCUACUCGAACAGGCAACACAACCUGAGUACUACAGAUCCUGGUAGGUUACCAGUGGCGCAGAAAAAACACCAGAUGUUCGGCAAGCGUUAUUUCCAGGAACAAGGCUCUGCGACCGCCAUGGCUCAACCCCCUACCCCGGUGAAAUACGAGUAUAGAGAUCCUGCUGUUCCGGCCACGUCUUUCAGUAGCAUACCCCAUCAAGUGGAGGAGGAUGGGGCGAAACCUCCAGAAAUGAAGUAUUCAUGUACAAUGGAAUUCAACCGUCAUCAUCCGAUGGUCCGCAAUCCCAUAUCUCAUAUUGCACAUAACCACACGUAUAAUCUUCCUCCUGAAAGUUCGGGUGUCAUGCCUAGGCCUAUGUCGAGGGAUAAGACUAAAUCGAAAAAAUCGAACGAGGAACAUCUCACAAGGGACGAGAAGAGGGCUAGGGCUCUCAACAUACCCAUUACCGUUGACGAUAUCAUAAAUUUACCCAUGGACGAAUUUAAUGAGAGAUUAUCGAAGUAUGACCUGAGCGAAGCUCAACUUAGUCUCAUCAGAGACAUCAGACGAAGAGGCAAGAAUAAGGUAGCCGCCCAAAACUGUCGAAAACGAAAACUGGAUCAAAUAAACACUUUGGCAGAUGAGGUGAAAGAGAUGAGAGAUCGUAAAAUGAGACUGAGGUCAGAGUACGAAUACCAUACUAAUGAACUGAAGAGAAUGAAGGACAAGUAUCAGCAGCUCUACAGACACGUAUUUCAGAAUCUGAGGGAUCCUGAUGGAAACCAGUAUUCACCUUAUCACUACAGUUUGCAGACAUCUGCAGAUGGUUCUGUCAUAGUUGUACCGCGAUCUAAUUCGACCCAUAACCCAAGUGAAAAGAAAGAACAUAUGCAGGAUCACAAGAACGGCUAGGGUGCUUCUGCAUUGUUUAACCGGCCUUUUCUUCAGUUUGCUCAAGUUGUGCCGGUUAGCAAUUUUUUUUUAUGAUUCGUACCAAGUUUCUUGUACACCACACGUUCCUGGGCAUUUGAAUAUAAUAUUUGGUGCUACCGUUUUCGUUUUUACAACUCAGAGUUCAGAUGUAUCAGUUACAAAAAUAGACGGGUCAUUGGAAUUUCACACUGGUCGCCAUUUUGUCCAAAAGUGAUCACUUGGAAUAAGGUGGUUAAUUAUAUUUGUAUAAAGUUGAAGUGCUUGUAUUGGAAGUAACCACUUUGAAUAUUGGCAACUGGUUAAUUAACAAACACUAGAUACAUAUAAAUACUUACUAUAUUUUUGUAACGCAAAAAACACUUUGUUGGGUGAUUAAUAAAACUAUGCCUUCAUAUGACGCUGUACAUAUUAGAUAUAAGAGAUUUUGAAUAUUUAUGUGAUUGGUGUAGGGCAAAUAAUCUUAAAAAGUAGCUUAAAAAACAAAUCUAAAUGAACUGGUUUGUUAGUUUUGUUUUUUGAAUGUGACCCAUACAAAAUUGAAUUGAAGUUUCUUAACUACCUGUACUUAUAAACAGUACAAAUAGAGAUCUAUAGUUAUAAACAAAACCAUUGUGUUACUUUUUAGUAUUCGUGAUGCGUUUAGUGAAUAAACCUGACCUUAAAUUUCAUAUUUUCUUUUCACAUAGUAAUCCUCCAACAUUUUCAUUAAAAUAGGUUUUGUACAUUGUAUAUUAUAAGCUUAGAAUGUAUAGGUUGGUCCUUUUGGAUAGGUGGUAUUCGUAUGAAUAUUAUUCUUCUGAAGUGUAUUCUUAGAUCUUUAACACAUGACAUUUUUUGGAAAAUUAUUUUGGUUUUCUAACCAAUAAAGAUCUCUGCAACAGUA